CAAGAUCGUAGAAAAAUGGUAGUCUGCGCCAAAGCCAGAAAGAAAUUGAACAGAGAAAGAUCAAAGACCAACAGAAGCCAUGGAUUCUACUGCUCGGAAAAGUGGAGGUCUUUUCGAAGGGCUCUACAGAGUCAUCAUGCGCCGGAACUCUGUAUACGUUACCUUCAUCAUUGCCGGCGCUUUCGUCGGAGAACGGGCAGUGGACUACGGAGUUCAUAAGCUCUGGGAGUACAACAAUGUUGGGAAGCGGUUUGAGGACAUUCCAGUACUGGGAACAAGGCAGUCUGAAGAAUGAAGUUUUGUAUCCCCUCUUUUUUCUGUCCGUGUUCUGAACCAUGGAAUUUGGACUGAAUAUCCACAAAUUUCAAUCAGAAAUUUUGAUGAUUUCCGAAACAUCUUGUAUUGACUAGUGAUCAUUUAAUAAGUGCCAACUUGUUGAUUCACGUAGCUUUAUUUGCAAAAUAUAGCUACGAAUUUAUUGUUUUGGGGUGUAUACUAUCCUUUGUCUUUGCAUUGUAAUGCGUUGAUUCAGUUUGACUCGUGACAAUUUGAAUAAGGACCCUUCAGAAGUCAAUGACUUUAAAAAUCCGGAUUUUCAGUAGUGUCAA